UCGUGGCUCGUCACACACGCUCCGCACCAAUAUUGACACGCGUCGCAAGUCGGACGUGGCCACGGCCGUCGUGGUCGCCGCGGUCGUGCAGUUAAAACGUGCGCGACCGUUCGCGGACAGCCAACUCGUGAGUGCGAGUGAGAGCGUGGGAACAUUUCACGGACGAACGGACGAGGCGAUUAACCGAAACCACUGCAUAGCCGACCCCGUUCGGACACCGACAGGGGCUUGCACGUGCGACGCGCGCACAUUGUACAUACGCACUUACGCGGAGAACGCGCACGCGAGGGCUCGGGUUCUGGCGCGACGGACCGACGACCGACCGACAUGUCCGCCGAGACGACCAACGGCAUCGCCGGCACCAACGCCGCCGUCGCGUUGACGCUGCUGUUGCUGUGCUGCUUGUGUUACUGCUCGGCUCAACACGAGGAACGGGCGAAGUCUGAACACGACCAUGUGCGGACGAAGAGUAGUUCGGCGUGGGCACCUAGAGCCCAACUCGUGACCAAUGGCAUGCCACCCUUAACCCCGGGCGUCGCUGAGCCGGCAACCACCGACGGCGACGGUGACGAUGAAGCGGUGUCGAGCGGCGUUCCCGGGGCGACAAACGAUGACGGCGGCACGAUGCUCCACGAUUACCUAUUCCGCAGACCGUCCAACAUGUUCCGGGGCCUGUUGCGGACCGGCGUAAACGUGGUCCAGCGCAGCAUGGACACGUUCCAAGGCGUGUCGUCCAAGAUGUUCGAGAUAGCCCGGCACCGGACCCGUAGGGCCAAAAGCAACGCCACCGAGAGCGCCUCGCGUUCCGUCGUCCCGAAGGCCGCGGACAGCGCGGAGCCCGCGAACGACGAGCCGAGGGCUGGCGGCGGCCGGCCGAGGUCUGGACGCUUUCCCACGGACUUUGGUGGAUCCGUGUUCAACAUGAUCGAUACCGGAAUCGCGGGCAUGGAGCAGGUCACCGAUCUGGGCCUGCUGCUGGGCAACAUUGGCACGCACAAGAUCCGGGCCGGGCUGAACGGCAAUAACGGCAACCAAGAGAUCUUCAAACUACUGGUCAAAUAUAUCGGAUCGAGAGUCGGUAUGAAUACCAAAGGCAGUCCGACACAGAUAAUCGAUGAUGUCGGUACGAUAUCUACGUUCAUGGCCACAGAUGACCAAGUGACCCAUGCGAUAUCCUUGGUGAUGGAAAGGUUGAUGACCAACCCAAAGGUCAGCUCCGCUUUGGUGCGCAUGAUCAUCAGCAUAUUGGAUUCCAGCCCGUCCACCUCGUGUUUGCUGGACAGGCUGCCGCUAUCGCCAUCGGACAUACGGAUGGCGUUCGAAGUGUUCGUCGGCAGCAACGGUCAAAUUAUGAUGAAAACAAUCGCGGGGCUGUUGUCCGAAUUGACCACGGGGCCGGACACGAGAGCAUUUUUGGAAUCGGUCAUGGGCAUGAUGUCCAUUUUCAAAAGCAACGGUCCGGCUUCAUCAAACUCCACACAGCCGGAAAAACCGAAGUCUUUAUUCGGUUCGGUGACCAGUUUCUUUAUGGGAAGUGACGACAGCAACGAAGAUAAGACACUCGAGAAAACAGCGGUAUCGUCAUCGAUCUCGUCCUCGGUACCACUGUCAGUUUCGGCAAGGAGAAAGAAAAUUAGAGACCGCGUGAAAAAACCAAUAGCCCCAGUCGAAGAGGACUCUUGGUUCACCGACAACGAUGAUGACAAUGAAAUUAAAACGUUUCGGGCACCGACGACAAGACCGUUGAAACGCGAUCAAGAGUCGCGGUCGAGGAAAGCCAACAGACCCGAUAAGAGCGAAAAUGAUAGGGUACCGUCCAGAAGCAAUAAGAGAAACGGGAACUCUAUUUUCGACAGCAAUAGCAAUAGUGACGACAGAAAGAAGAGCAGAAGCAAGAGUCAUCGGAAGAUGACCGGAGAUGACGGACACAAUGGCGGAAGGAGCAAAAUGCAAUCGAGUAAAACAAUGAAAAACGGACAGUCAAGUGGAGCCAUCAGUGGAGAUGAUGACGACUGGUAAGAGGAGAAACACAGCGCUAUGUACUUUCGGCCUACUCUGCCUCACUGACGCACACGUUAAAUAAUGUUAACAAACUUUAUUUCGAAAGUAAAAAUAUUUUAUAAAAUAUACAACAUUUAAUGCACCAUA